AGGACCGGGGACCCGCCGGGGCGGGGGCCGCUGGCCCGGGGCGGCGGGGGCUCGUCCCGCCUCGCAUCCCAAGUUUCUGCGGCGCGGCAGCCGCCGCUCGGGGCGGCGGGAGUGCCGGGGAGCCGUGCCGGUCUCGCUGCCCGCUCGUCGGCCGGGGCGGCGGGCGGGCUGUCCCGCCGUGGCCGCUGACCUCGGUAGGUGGGGGCCGCCCCGGCCCGCCGCGACCUUCCCCCUGUGCCUUCCCCAGGCGCCCGCCGAGAGCCGGCCGUCCCGCGCCCGCGGAAGCAGCGCAGGGCGGCAGGAUGAAGGGGUACCUGGACCAGCAGGUGCCCUUCACUUUCCCGCAGCCUCCGGGCCAGGCGGCUCCCGGCGGCGGAGCUCCGAUGUGCGCUAGAAAGAGACCCGGGGACCCGCGCUUGCCGCCGGCGCAGGAUUCGGAAGACCUCUUCCAGGACUUGAGCCAGUUCCAGGAGACUUGGCUGACAGAAGCUCAGGUUCCAGACAGCGAUGAGCAAUUUGUGCCUGACUUUCAUUCAGAAAACUUAGCUUUUCACAGUCCUGCUAAGAUUAAAAAGGAGCCACAGAGUCCCUCCUCGGACCCCACACUGUCCUGCAACCAUAAGCAGCCAUUCCAGUACCACAAUGGCGAGCAGUGCCUUUAUGCCAGUGCCUAUGAUCAACCCAGACAAGUUGGAAUCAAGUCCCCCAACCCAGGAACCCCGAUACAGUCACCGCUCCAACAGUUCCCUAGACAGGACAGGAGCUUCCUGACCCCUGCGGGGCCACCCCACCCCACAUCCAGCUGUGGAUACCUCAACAAAAACUGCUCUGCAUACCAGCCACCUGUGGAGAUGUGCCGUUCCUUCCCUUCCUCCCAGGGCAUGGCCCAGGAAGACCCCAUUGCCUACCAGCGCCAGAUACCUGAGCCCUGCCUCCAGUACCCUCCUCAGGGCUUCAAACAGGAGUAUCACGACCUGCGGUAUGAGCAAGCAAGCCGGGCGGGCAGGGGCUGUCAGUACCCAGCAGCUGUGGUGAUCAAACAGGAGCAGGUGGACUACAUGUAUGACUCAGAUGUUCCUGGAUGUCCUUCCACGUACAUAAAUGUUGAGAGUCACUCAAGCCAUUCAAAUACAGAAGAUACAUUAGGCUGCAGCUAUGACAAGCAGAUGAGGUCCUUUACUGAUGAUGUCUGUGUUGUUCCAGAAAAAUUUGAAGCAGGUGACAUCAAGCAGGAAGCUGGAGGGUACCGGGAAGGACCUCCAUACCAGAGACGGGGAUCUCUCCAGCUCUGGCAAUUUCUUGUGGCUUUAUUGGAUGAUCCAACCAAUUCCCAGUUCAUUGCCUGGACUGGUAGAGGGAUGGAGUUCAAGCUCAUUGAGCCAGAAGAGGUAGCAAGGCUGUGGGGUAUCCAAAAGAACCGUCCAGCCAUGAACUAUGACAAGCUGAGCCGAUCCCUUCGCUACUAUUAUGAGAAGGGCAUCAUGCAGAAGGUGGCUGGAGAGCGCUACGUCUACAAGUUUGUGUGUGAGCCUGAAGCCUUAUUUUCUCUGGCCUUCCCUGAUAAUCAGCGGCCAACUCUGAAGGCAGAGUUUGACCGGCAGAUCAGUGAGGAGGACACAGUGCCUCUUUCUCACCUGGAUGACAAUGCCACUUACCUGCCAGACCUUGGAAACCUCCCUCCACAGCUUUACAGCAAAGGCUACACAUACUAGCAUUGCUGGGAGCACACUGUGCCACCCUUGCUUGUGUAUAUGAGGAGAUGUCUGGCUAGUAUUCAGUACAAGCAUUUUUUUAGGCCAGCCUAGAGUGGGAUUAAACAACGAAUACCUGCUUUGAUCAGGAAAAGUGUUCAGGUACAUAUGUGGAUAAUCACCUGACUAUUAACAGGGCUUUUGUGUGCUUGUGAUAAGACCCUCACGUUUGUCAGGAUGGGACUCAUUCUCAGCGAUGCAGACAUCUGAGCAGUGGAGCUGCAGCUUCAGCAGCAUAUCUGGUAACUGCUGCCUCCAGACAGAACAAACGAGCCUGUGGCAGUUCCUGUCUUUGGUGAGGGAGAAGAUGCCGUGUCCUACUGGGCUUUUUUCAGGUUUGAGAAUGCUAUAAUGCUGCUGCUGACUCCAUCCCUCCAGUACAUGUACUGAACCUCUGUAUAACCUGCUUUCAGCAAGGGAUGAUUCUGACCCAUGUGGAGUCACCUCUAAAGGCCAGUCAAGCCUUCCCAGGAUGGCUGCAACACAGUGGUCACAGAUCAUAUGCCUUGCCUGUGAACUGCUUUGUGGGAAUGUGGAAUACUUUUUGUCUUGUAUGUGCAUGCUCCUGCCUUAUCACCUUGCUCAUAACACUUCAUGCCAGGGCUAUCUGGUACUUGGGCGCUGUGUCUGAGCGGGGUAGCUGGAGGCACUGACCAGGAUUAGAGCAGUCCUGGAGUAUAUGGCACAACACACAAUUUAGGGGAACUCCAGAUGCCUGAUUGCACUGGUCUGGGGCAGAGGUCAAAGCCAGGUAGGGGGCUUACAGGAGGCAGCAAGGCCUGAGCCACCAGUUAAUUGUAGUGUUGUGGCUUUUCCAAACUGAACUUCUACAGCCAUCCUCAGCAUCUUUGAAGACCUGUCAAGGUCUUGAGUGUGCCCAUCCUGGGCCUGGCUAGAAAAUCAUCUGAGACAAGAAAAGAACGUUGUAGAGGUGUGUCAAGAAAAUGCUUUACAAAGUAAUCUAAACCAUACGUAGUCCUUCAUAUCUGAAUUUAGACUUAACCUCCACAGAUACUUGCAUGCUUGAGGGAAAUCCUCAUGUGUUGGAAAGGCAGCUAUCUGCAGCCCAAUGCAGCACAUGUAACUUAACUAGACUUUGACUGGUUUUCCACAAUAGAAGACAUUUAUAAUGGGCACCACUUCCUCAUUGAGAGGUGCCUCACUUUUUAAUUAAAAGCUCUGACCAUGUGCCCAGUUAGACAAGGGGCAGUACAAUGUACACAUACAGAAAAAGCCUGUUUCUGAUCGAUGUUCCGGAUGCCGAAUACAGAAUUGCCAAUCCUGCCAAUGUGGUAGCCUGUAGAGAAUAUUCUAUAUGUUUGAUUGAAAGCCUGAUUUCCCCCGAUGACUCCCCUGCAUGGCUAAUGCCAGCCGUCCCAGCCUUUUCCCUGGGCACGAGGGCCAGGAAAGGCAGCUCCCCCUGCCUGAGGAGAGGCCAGAUACUUAGGGUAGCCUGCCGUGCUGGUACUUCUGCAUGCUCUGUGCGGUCCAGAGACUCGGUGUUCUGGCAGCUCCUGGCCCCCCUGCCUUGCCCUCCUCCCACCUGGCAAGCACACUUCCUCUGGUGUCCCAGAAGUGAGGGUAAAGGGGAACCCUUCCAUUGGUAUAAGCUGCCUUUACUAUUUAUUAGUGUAAAAAUACUAUAAUUAAUAAAUUGAUCUAUGUCUUUG